AUGGCUAUCACCGACAACCUCCCCAAGAGCGACUCGCCCUCGCUGGCCCUGGUCCAUCCCACCGAGGCAGAGAAGCACAUGCAGUUCACCCUCAAUGCAGCAGAGUGGCGCGGUGCUCUGAAGCUGCCCGCCUACCUCCGUCGUGAAGCCCACCUCGCUCAGACGGACAUGACUCGCAAUGGAGGCAUCUCGUACUGGAUCCUCGUCGACACCUCGCUGCCCAAUAACCCUCUGGAUCCCCACUCGGGAACAAGACUGCCGCUGGCCAGCUGCGAGACAUACCGCAAGAAGGCACUCGUAUGGCAGGACGGAGUGCUCAAACAAGUCAUCUGUCACGGCAUCGGCAGCGUCUUCUGCGCCAACCACCUGCGGAAGCGAGGAUAUGCCCAGAGGAUGAUGACCGAACUGGGAAACAUCUUGGAAACAUACCAGACCGACGACGGAACAGAGUGUCUAUUCUCGGUGCUCUAUUCCGAUAUUGGAAAGAAAUUCUACAACUCGUUUGGCUGGGAGCCCUUUACAUCAUCCCACCUCUCCCUCUCUGGCACUCCUUCGCAAAACACAAGCGGCCUGCCCACAGCGCGGCCGCUAUACGCGCAAGACUUGCCAGAUCUCUGCGACAUUGACGUGGCCUCUGUCCGCCGCAACCUGGAGUCGCGGCCAAAAGGCAGCAACACCGCCGUCGCCAUCAUCCCCAACCUUGAGACAAUUCGCUGGCACCAUGCACGCGAAGAGUUUGUCGGAAACGAGCUCCACGGCAAGAUGCCCGAGAUCAAAGGCGCCAUUGUCGGCACCGAAAAGGGCAAACGCGUGUGGUGCUACUGGACACGAAUGUGGUACAACCAAGACCCCACAGACACAAAGGGGAACACGCUCCACAUCCUGCGCCUAGUUGUUGAGGACGCCGGUUGGGAGGGCUCCUCGAGCCACGCUCACGACCACAGCCACGACGCUGCCAUUGCCGCCUUGAUGGCCAUGGCCCAGCGCGAGGCCGAGGCGUGGAAAAUGGAAAACGUAGAGAUGUGGGCGCCCACUCCCACGGCCGUCGCCGCUGCAAACAGGCUCGACCCAAGCGCAAAGGUCGUCGAUCGCCAUGUAGAAAGUAUCGCUAGUCUCCGCUGGUUCCCAGAGCACAAAGGCCCCGUCGCCGACAAAAUCGACUGGCUAGGAAAUGAAAAGUACGCGUGGUGCUAG